AUGCCCAGCCCAGGACAUCAUCUCCUUCAGGCUGCGACUGAGGUGCCUUUGGUGCCAACCCCAUUAACUCUCACUCGGGAGGUCUUCAGCUGGCGGCGCGGCGGAUCUGAAGCAACUUGGGCACAAGGCGAGGCACAGCCAGGCCGGGCGCAGACGCGGGACCUGAAGGCUGGUGGAAAAGCCGGGAAGGACUCCGGGAAGACCAAGACCAAAGCGGUGUCCCGCUCCCAGAGGGCUGGGUUGCAGUUCCCUGUUGGCCGCAUCCACAGGCACCUGAAGUCUAGGACUACCAGCCAUGGGCGUGUGGGAGCCACUGCUGCAGUGUACAGUGCUGCAAUCCUGGAGUACUUGACAGCUGAGGUUCUUGAGCUGGCAGGAAAUGCAUCCAAAGACUUGAAGGUGAAACGUAUCACUCCCCGCCACUUGCAGCUUGCAAUUAGAGGAGAUGAAGAAUUGGACUCUCUCAUUAAGGCAACAAUUGCUGGUGGUGGUGUAAUACCACAUAUCCACAAGUCUCUGAUUGGAAAGAAAGGACAACAGAAAACUGUCUAAAGGAUGCCCAGAUUUCUUGUUAUCUCAGGACUUGAAGUACUUACUUGUCCAGUGUUGGUGAUUCCAGUGGACUGUAUCUGUGAAACACGAUUUUGCCUUUUUGUAACUUUGAGAAGCUAAAGCUCCCUUGAGCUUUCUAACAAACCAAAUUUCUGCAUUGAAGUCUUAACCAUAUUUAAGUGUUACCAUGGCUUCAAAGAAGCUAUUGUAUUUGCAGUGGGUUUUGAUUGAACUGACUGGUUUUAGAUUGGUUU